GUUUAAAAUUUUAUACAAAAUAGCAGCUGAUACUAGGAAGUCAUAUCUUCUUUCCAAAUUUGACUUAGUUAAAACAAAUUACGUUUCAAAUAAUGUCUAAUCCUGGUAAAUUGCCCAACAUCAAAUACGGUGAAGGAAAAAUAGAUAAGGCACAAUUGGAAUUUAUGAAACUGAUUGAAGAGCAAAACUUGGAAAGAGUUCAGAAAUUACAGCGUGUAAAGCGUAAUAACCUAUUGACAGCCGGUGCCCUAAUCACUUCUGUUGUCGGAAUCUACGCUUAUUCCAUUUGGUCCGUAAAACAAGAGAAGUUUUUGGACGAUUUUGACGAACCCAAAAAAGUUAACGCCAAUUAA